ACGCCUGCAUCGGCAGGCGAUCAAAUGAGUUAGAAGUUCCAUGUGGUUGCAGUUACAUAUGUCUGUGAUGAAACUGAAGAGGUUUUUGGUUCGAUAUUUCCCACCAGGUUUAAUUAUUGAAUAUGAAAAGAAUGGAGGAAAGUUUUCGAGAGUCCUUGAUUUGUUAGACUUCACAGCUGACAGUGACAUAGAGCUGGUGCUUGAAGACCUGGCUGCACGGGAAUCACUCAUUACCCAGGCACGAGCAAACAGCAUUCGACCACCGUUGCUUAGACUCCGGGAAAAGUUGAAAUGGGAUUCUUCACAUGAAUUUACACUUUCAAAAGUGCUGAGAGCUCAUGCGUUGCCACUGACAAAUGUGGCAUUCAACAAGCAUGGCUCUCGAUUUAUCACAGGAAGUUAUGAUCGUACAUGCAAAGUGUGGGAGACUUCCACAGGAAAUGAACUCAAAACACUUACAGGUCAUAAAAAUGUUGUGUACGCAAUUGAUUUCAACAAUCCAUUUGGAGACAAGGUUGCAACUGGCUCUUUUGACAAAACCUGUAAAGUUUGGAAUCCAGAAACAGGAGAAUGCUAUUAUACAUUAAAAGGACAUACAGCAGAAAUAGUCUGCGUUGCGUUCAACCCACAAAGCACUGUUUUAGCGACUGGAUCAAUGGACACGGAGGCAAGGCUAUGGGAUGUUGAAACUGGGCAGGCACUGACAUCUUUGUGUGGCCAUUCCGGAGAGGUCAUAGCCCUCUCUUUCAACUGCAGUGGAAAUGAAAUUGUAACAGGUUCAUUUGAUAGCACCGUUUGCCUGUGGGACGUUCGUAUGGGAAAGAAGGUACAUACCUUAAUUGGUCAUCGUGCAGAAAUCAGCAAUGUACAGUUUAAUUAUGAUGCUUCUGUGAUCGCCAGCGCAUCCAUGGACAGAACGUGCAAGCUGUGGGACACAGCUUCUGGCAUGUGCGUGGGAACUCUUCGGGAUCACACUGAUGAGGUGUUGGACGUGGCAUUUGACGCGACGGGACAAUAUCUUCUCACAGCGUCAGCUGAUUGUACAGGCCUUAUGUAUCGCGUGGCAACACAAUACUGCCUGGCCAAGUUCCAAGGUCAUGAGGGAGAAAUUUCAAAGAUCUCAUUUAACCCACAAGGUACCAAGGUCUUGACGGCAAGUGCAGACAAAACGGCACGGUUAUGGAGCCCAGACACUGGAGAGUGUACACAGAUACUAGAAGGUCAUGUGGAUGAAAUCUUCAGCUGUGUGUUUAACUAUGAAGGAGACACCAUCAUCACAGGGAGUAAAGACAACACAUGUCGAGUUUGGAAAUGAUGAGAAAAUUUUGGUUUUUGCGAAGUGGUUGCAGCAGCGUUUCUAUUCACCUGCAUGUUUCACUGUUUAAGCAUGACUGUUCCCAGUACUAAUAUCUAUACCUUAGUAUAUAAGUUUAUUUUGAAUUAUGUAUUAUUUUAUAAUAAUUUCUUCCUGAAACUUCUUAGCUCUUUUGAGAUAUUAAAUGAAACAUAAGCAUUUGAUGGCACAAGGAAACGGCAGGACAUCACUCACAUUUUGAUUAAAAUUCAUUAGAUAAGUAUUAGUAAAGAAUACAAUAACAUCGAGCUAAAUAUACUUCUUGACAGCCAUAUUCAGGUUAAUCGAUUAAAAAAUGCACAGGCUGAUUGAGUUUGACAAGGCUGUAAUACAAUAGUGUUUAAAUGAUGUUAUUCAUUCUGCACAUUUUAUGGCAUUGUUGUAAGCACGUUUAUAAUAGUGUAAUUAUAUGAAUUAUAUGUUUGCAAAAGUGCUAAAUCUAAUAUCUAAUAUCUAUAUAACGCUGCAAAAACCAGGGUUAACUUUUUUUCAUACGUUAUCUAUAUGCUUUAAUGUGCAUUUGUUGCAUUUUUUGUAAGUGCAAAAGUCAUCUCAGCUCGUGGUUAGAAAAUGUCAAAAACUAUGCUGGGUAUUUAACAUCUGGUAAUGUUCUAUUCUUGUAGUUUAAGUGUAACCCCUGUAAUCUUUUUCUUUAACCUCUAUAGACUCACAGUUAACUCAGUCAUGUCCUUCUGUAUGUGUAAUCAGUAAAAUAAAUAAUGUCACUCUUGCAGUAGCAGUAAGUUGCAUAAGUCCACCAUC